AUGGCUUCAUUACAAGCAUCAGCCGACACCGUGAAGGCGGCAGUGUCAUCCAUCACGACAUGCACCCCGGCGACCGUUGUCACUCUCAAGGAACUACUUCUUAUCGAGGCAGAAUCACCUGUACCGUCUAGCAAACCAGGAUCAAGAGCAGUCAAAGCUGCAACUGCGACCAAAUCUUCAAAAGCCAGCACCGCGACAAGGAAAUCUGCCACCGCGCAGUCACGCGAUGAGCGACUCAACUCACGAGAUAAGGCUGUUUUAGCCACGCAUGUUAUCAAUGCGGCGCUGAAGGCACUUGCGGAAGCCUCAAAACCCCAACCUCCGUCGACUCCCUGCAAACAAGUCGAGAAUGCUCCUCAAGCGGCUUCUAAACGAACAUUGAGGCGAUCGUUGUCAGCACCAUUGUCGCCAAUGCAACCAAGAACCUUGAAUCGCGUAGCAACCUCCCCAAGCGUGUCUAUAGUCAAAGCAAAAGCUCCGUUGCCUGCUCAAUCGACAGGAUGUUUGGCGAUUGUCGAAUGCGCGCGAACAGCAUUUGCUUCCCUGCGCUCACUGAAACCAUCCACGCAGGACGCCCAGUACGACUUCCAGGUGGAAAAUGGCAUGUCCGCAUUUAUCGGGAAACUGCUGGCUUUAAACUUGCAUGACCAGGCGCUAAAGGAAAUGAAAAUACUAAAACUAAGAUUAGAGCCUGCUGCUGCUAGCACCGAAGCCGCGAAAACGUCUGAAAAUAAAUCUACCGCCCUGGGAAUUGCCGAUCUGCUUGAGUUUCGGAAAAAAGUCUCGACGCAAACGCUUCCAAUCAUUACUUCACUGCAAAUUCAAAUCCUCAAGCUUGUCGGCGCCACGAAAAAGCCUGCCCAUAUUGAGGCACUGCUGCCGAUGCUUCUAGAGAAGAACCCAUCCUGCCCGGCCAAUCUGUUGUCAAAACUUGCGGAUAAAGGAGGCAAAGAAGCUCAAAAGGCUGCCCGACAAAUGGCUUCACUGUCACAGACUCUUCUGUCAAUGCUGCCAAGUGUCUCUAGUCAGGAGGACACGGUUGCGGCCGAACCUCGAUUGAGCCCCAUUCCUCAUAUUGCAUUUGAGCUUCAAGCGUUGGCCUUUAGAACACAGCUCAAGUGGUGGAGAUGGGCUCGGCACCAAGGUGACGUUGACAGCGAAGUUUUGGCUCCUUUCAGCCGCUGCAUGCGUGCUUUCGCAAGACGCCACAAGCACGACGACAAAUUCCUAUACCGAUCCUUGGCAGCAUCCUAUGAAGAAUUGAUGCAAAUUAUUCGCUCCCAUAAGCUGGAGCCAAUGGCAACCUCCAAGUCACCGCUAUCCUCCAUAUAUCAAGUUCUCGGAUCCGCCGCUCAUGCUGCACGACAGUACGAUGGUGCGUGCUGUUGGUUUGAGAGCCUGAAGGCCACCUUGAGCUCAGAAACAGACUCUGUGGUGGUGUUGUGCUCGGUCUCUGCACGGAUUCUUGCUGCUGCGUUGAAGAAGGAAGAAUUGGAGGCCAACAUUGAACCAGCUAUUCAAGGAGUCACUGACAGCCUGGGGGGUAGCCUGAGUGGUACCGUCACUGAGCUCAACGAGCUACUGGACAGCCUGUCGGCCACGAGGCGAUCUGUCGUUGGAUUGUUGAUGAAGGAGCUCGAUAACAAGGUCGCAUCUGAACCAGUGCCUCAGACAACGAGUGCUCUUUUGAAGAAUUUUGUGCUUCGAUACCCGCGAUUUCUGCGACGAUGGAUGGGAACGCCUCCUGGAAAGGAUGCUCCUGCAAAGCAGAUCCUGCAGUUUGAUCAGCGCAAACAAGUCAUCAUGCAAUCAAUCAAUCAGGUACUCGAUGCAACUUUGAUGGUUGUCAAGUGCGAGAUUCAAUCUGGCGCUCUCGAAUGGCAUCAAAUUGACGAUGUCCUUCAGCAUUGCACCGGGCUACUCGGCUCCGUAUCGGAUCCAUCACUUUCCUCCGCGAGAAUGGAGCAACUUGGCACCUAUCAUGUCAAGAUAUCUACGUUGUACUUUUCCAAGUUUGUGGAGCUGCGCAAGAUUAAGAAUCGGACUAAAGACCUCAACAAGCAGCUCCUACAGUCUCUAAGCCGUUCCAUUGACGCUGUAAAGGAACGAUCUUCUGCCGAGAAAGAAAAGGCACAGUUGUCCAUGAAGCUGGAGCUUUUCGCAGAUUUAUGCAAGGGAUCUGGCAGAAGCGAAGAUGCAGUUGGAACACUACGAUCCAUAUGUACCAACAUGGCAGAGGAUGGUGUCCUCUCUGACGUUGCCAUGGCCCUGUCAAAUCUACCUCCCGCUCUCGCCUGGGCCAUGACGGAAAAGUCCGCUUCCCUCUCACGUACUUUGCGGUCAAUCGCCAAGCUGGAUAAAUCGUGGAAUGAUUGGACGUUUUUCCUCCCGGAAACCGAACGAGCCGCCGUGCUUGAGCAUCUCAUGCACUUGAGCGCUGAAGCACCAGGUCACGGGCAGCCUCUCCGACUCCAAGACCCGAGCCCAGCAGCGCUACUUCGAAUAUACUCCCUUGAUAAAUAUCCGAUUCGGCGGUUCCGAGUCUUACUUCACCUGUUCUAUCAGAGUAUUGGAGAGGAUGAAGGUCUAGAAGAGCUUGCGUCGAACUUGGACCAAGUUUCUCGACAACUUCAAAAGAAGGACAAGGGUGAAGACGGCUCCCUAGCACAAUUUAUCCCCCACCUCCAAGCAUAUUAUUCUUCCCUGGAAGCUCUAGCCGAAAGUGACAGCAGAUUCCCAGUGGCGGUGAUUAAGGAUAAUAUCUCUUGCUGGAAGGCGAUACUCGGUUCGCAUCAAUCGAAGGAUGAUUUAUACACCAAGAUCGACAACCCGACAACAUUAAUUGGAUUUUUGCAGACCUUGAACCACCUGGCUGAUCUCCGUGGCGAGACUGAGCUUCAGAUCUCUAUUUCGGAGCUUUCCAUUGCCUUAUCCAAAGCCGUAACGGCACACUCUGGAUCAUUUCAUGAUGGUUUGAUUCUCCAAAAUAGCCACCUAGCAACACAGUAUGUCAGCAUCGGCAAGUUUGCUCAAGCGUCUGGUGCGCUGGAAAUUUCUAAAGAACUUCUUGAUCAUAAUGAGGGAGUGUCGCAGCGGGUUGUUGCCGACUUUUACCUGUCUCAAGCGGAGUACUACGCAGGCGUCGGCAGCUUAGAUGAAGCAUUAAAUUGCGUCGACAAGGCAAAUAACAUUUGUGGCGAAUCGUAUUCAGCCUGGGCACAAUCGAAAUCACAAGCCAAUUUGAUGAUUUCCAUGUCCGCCCUCAUCCAGUCUACAAUUUCUCUCCGGACUGGCAAUAUUGAGGAAGCACUAUCAUCCAUCCGAACUGGUGUUCGCAUGCUUUCUCAUGAAUGGACCAGAAUGGAGACAGCAUUGACAAACUCCGAUUCAAGCGUAUCCGAAAUCAGCUCAACCACUCUUGACCUGAAGCAAUCGAAACUCAAGACUGCCGGUCCACGUUUUUGGGGACUUGCGGUGCCACUUCUCCGCUGUCUUUUACAUAUAUCAUCCGUGUAUGCGCAUAUCGGAAUGUUCCAGGAGACCAUUUAUUAUGCCGAAUCUGCAUGGAAAAUAGCCGAGAGCACCCAAUCCUCGCUGUAUCGCGCACAAGUCACUGCAUGGACUGGGUCCGUAUACCUCAAAGCGGGCAAUCUAGUCAAAGCCCUUGACACUUUGGCCGGAGCCAAGAACCAUAUUCCUAACAGUAUUUGCUCGUCUCGGGUUCACUUUGCCCGAAAACUGGGCGAACUGUACUCUGAAAUAGGCGACGAGGACAAGGCCAAUGAGUAUCUUACAAUUGCAGAAGAAACUCUUCAGCUACUGGGUGAUACUCCCAAAAGUUCCUCCAUCGAAGACAGGUCGACGGCGCCAACAGCGAAGACAAAGACAACAGGUGCCAGAGCUGUACGAGUUGCACGAACGACCAAAGCCAAGCCUGCCGCAGCUACCCGACUUACAAAACGGCCAGUCACAGCAGCGAAAACCAAAGCGACAGGAGCAGACGCUGUCGCUCAUUUGCCCGAGGAUGUCUAUCAGUCGUCCUUGCUUGCAGCCGUUCUCCUUUCUAGAGCAAUUGGAUACAUACAGAGGAAGGAUUGGUCGUUGGCUUUGUCAACUCUGCAACAGGCAAAGGAGCUGCCCAAACUGUUCGGCACUCUCUCGCUGGAACAGAUUGUUACCGCAACAUCACUCAUCGGCCAUAGCAUGGAACAGAUGAUUUCGGACCCAGUGUUCUCCGUUAUGCAAGACUCUACAAUCUCGUUUCCCGCUAUAGCUAGCAGCGUGGGUAGGGCAUCAAUGGACAAGAAUAGCUUGGCUACGUCGCCUCCCCGACGCGGACGCGCCGCAGCCGGUGACAAGAAGACUACCAAGGACAAAGUCACCGGUCCUGCAUUUGCUGACGCUCUCAGGCAAGCUCAGGAUAUAUUGAUAGAAGCCCAUAGAUCUACCUUGUCGACGGCUGACAGUGGCAUGGUCCACCGACUCUCAACAUUGCUACAAAAUACCAUUAUACUGCUGUCGGCAACAUCGGCCUCCAAGGCGAAGCCGAUGCUCUCGUCUGGUCUUGCGAUAGUGGCGGUCGAUUUGGGCCGCAAUAUUACCUGGAUGCGGGAACAAAAUACACUUAUGGUUUCGUCGGGUGCCUCUGCGAAUGGAUCAUCUAUAUCUGAGGCACCGCCAAAAAGCGUCCAGGGACCUGCUACGAGCCUUGCUCCGGACAUGGCAGGGUUUCAAACGGAUUACGUCGACUUGCUGCCAAAAAACUGGAGUGUCAUUUCGCUGUCUUUGAGUGACAGUUGCCAUGAUCUUUCGAUUACCAAGUUGCAAGCCGGCCACUCUCCCUUCAUCCUGCGCUUACCGCUCGAAAGAGCCAACUCACGCGACGCAGAUGCUGAAGUAUUCAAUUUCCAGCAUGGACGUGAAGAACUUCUUGACAUCAUUAAACUAGCCAAUGAGACCAGCCACUCCGCGCGAGACUUUUCAGCAAAGGGCGAGCGAAGUGCGUGGUGGGCCGAACGCGAAUCCCUGGACACCAGACUCAAGGACCUCUUGUUGACAGUUGAGACAACUUGGCUUGGCGGUUUCAAAGGCAUCUUUUCUCAGCAUCAGAGAAGAGCCGAUUUGUUGGCGCGUUUCCAGAAGAGUUUCCAUCAGAUCCUUGAUGGAAGCCUUCCGUCCCGAAACAGAUUGCGCGGCAAAAAGUCCGCUAAGACAUCGUCUGUUAAUCUUGAUCCACGAAUCCUCGAUCUUUUUAUUGGCCUUGGCGACCCGACGGAUCCGGACUGUGACUUUGACGAGGCGCUCAACGAUUUGCUUUAUUUCGUUGUGGAUAUUUUACAGUUUCACGGAGAGAGAAACGCAUACGACGAGAUUGAUUUCGAUGCCAUGGUUGUUGAGACGUACGAUGCUCUGCGAGGAUAUUAUGCGGCUCUAAAUGCAGGAUCGGAGCGAGAGGCAGGCUCUCAUACCAUCCUCGUCUUGGACAAAGCGCUCCAUGCAUUUCCAUGGGAAUCACUGCCUUGCAUGGAAGGGCUGGCCGUAUCACGAGUCCCAUCACUAGCUUGCCUACGACGACUUAUUACGGAAUCUAACAUGAGAAGUGCUUCUGCUUCCACCAGCGUCCCAGAGGGUCACUGUGUUUCCCCAGCACUCGGAACAUAUAUCCUCAACCCAUCAUCCGACCUAAAGAACACACAAGCGUUCUUCCAGCCUACAUUCAAGACCCUCAAGAGCUGGAACAGCAUUGUCAACAAGUCUCCGCAAGAGUCUGAGUUUGAAGACGCUCUCUCCAAGUCAGAUAUACUAGUCUACUUUGGUCAUGGUAGCGGUGCUCAAUAUAUCCGCGGCAAAACUGUUCGUCGCCUCGAGAAAUGUCGACCGGCAACAUUCCUCAUGGGAUGCAGCUCAGCCGCACUUACAGAAGCCGGGGAAUUCGAGUGCUAUGGCGCUGUGUGGAACUACAUGAUGGCUGGAUGUCCCGCCGUGGUAGGCACGCUGUGGGACGUGACUGAUCGUGAUAUUGACCGAUUUGCGGGACGGACCUUCGAAGAGUGGGGUCUAUUCCCCCAAGGUACAUUCAAAGAGGAUGAGAAGAAGAAGAAGGGGCGCAGCAAAAAGGGCGGCGUGGAUGUUGAUGGUAGCGAUGAUGAUGGCAUUGCCUCAGACGGGUCGCGACCGGCAUCACCAGCACUAUCUUGGGCGUCCUCAUUGCCUGAAGCUGUGGCCAAGGCGAGAGAUGCUUGCAAGUUCAAGUAUUUGAAUGCGGCGGCUGUGGUCGUUUACGGUAUUCCCGUGUAUAUCAAUCGUGAGGAGUAG